AUGAUGGAACCGAACAUGACACAGAGGGCUCGAGCCGAGUACAAGAAGAAGAUUAAAGCGGCAAAGCGCAAGCUCGAGUCUGGAUGGAAACCUGGUCGAUCGAAGCGUCGAAAGCAGAAAGCUGUUGUUAUGAUUCAACGCGCAUACAGGUCGCACUUGCUACGUCAGGCCUUCCAACGUUCUCGACACAACGUGCGCUUCACGUUCUCAUCAUUGCAAGCGUUUGGCCAUGCUCGAAGUCGCCAGCAUUGGCGUAAUGUGGAUUUGAGGAGAAUGUCGCGCGAGGAACUGAGGCUUCUAGCAUUGACGCUCAAUUUACCGUCUACAGGUAAGAAAGUGCUGCUGAUAUGUCGGAUACAGCGCUGGGUGGACUUGCACGUGUUGGGCAGCGAUAUGGCCACGCAGGCUGCUGCUCGAGCGCUCGAGAACCGUCGCAAAGCUCAAGGAAGCGUCUACUUUAGUGAGGCGCAUCCUGGCGCGGAUCUCGUUGACAUCCGUCCAUUGCGAGGUCAUCACAUCACGAGCAUCGCAGCGGGCGCUGAAUCGGAUGCGGUGUACGCGCUAGAUGAGGCUCGAGGUGCUGCCUGGCUGUGUCGGACAGGAGGGUUAGCAUCACAGGUUGGGCUGUGCAGUCACGUUCAUCGACGCGAUGAGUUUGAACUUACACCGAGGGAAAGUCACUGGCUGGCCACACCGGUCUUCUUACAUACGCUACGAAGUGAGCAUGUGGAACGUGUGUAUGUAGCACGAGGCCAUGCAAUGGCACUGGCCAAGGCUGGCGAACUGUUCAGCUGGGGCGAAAAUGCACACGGAGCGUUAGGUUUUCCAGCCGAGAGCGCAGCGCAGGUAGCUCGAAACCGUGCGACGGUGGUCGGCACACUCUCUAACUACCUGGCUGUAGCUGCUGCUGUAGGAGGACACCAUAGUAUUGCUGUUUGUGACCACGUUGCAGGCCACGAUGGAGUAGUUUUCUGCUGGGGCAGCAAUUCGCACGGCCAGCUCGGAAUUAUCCCAUCAAGCUCCAGUAAACCGGCUGAGGGACCAGCCAAGCCUUCACCAACCACGUUUCCUCGUCCAGCCGUGAUGCACCAGGUACCAGCACUUCGCUCCGUUUCCGUUCGCCAGGUGGCUUGUGGGGUGCUGCACUCGUUGGCUUUAACUUCAGACGGCAAGGUGUUCUCCUGGGGAUGUAGUGAUGGGGGACGAUUGGGCCUAGGGCGACAUAUCAAGCGAAGUAGCGACGUCAACGAACCUGCUCUAGUGAAUGGAAUGCUCGCAAACCUUGUCACUCUUUCCAUUGCUUGUGGAGCGUGGCAUAGUGCGUGUAUCGCAGCAGAACCUUCCCAUGUCGGCAGCGGCGCUGGUCGAGUGUUUACGUGGGGUACAGGUGUAUAUGGCCAACUUGGCGUUGGGAAAGCUCAAGUCACUUACGAACCGCAGCCCGUGCGUUUACCACCGCGAGAACUCAACGAUGAAGUGCUCGCUACACAUAUCGCAUGCGGGACACACCACACGGCUGCGUUAACAGUUGAUAACCGGAUCUUCACCUGGGGUAGCACGCGUGCAUUUAAUGGCGUCCCGACCGAAUUGCGCUUAUCUGGUGGCGAGCGCUUUGGACGCGUUGCCUCACUCGCUUGUGGGCGCACUUUCACGGUAUUCAACACGGUUUCUCGAGACUCUGCCAGCUACGAGUGGCCUGAAGUGCCGCGUCUUUGGCGCGAUAAACCUGUCAUCAUUCCGCGCCUGGAUCUGUCGAGAGUUCCGACAUUACCGCUGUGCGCAUCCAACCCGUUGCCUCCGUUUAGCAAAGGUACCAAAGUCGUGAAAUCAUCCAGCGAACUCCCGCCUGCUGUGCGUCUUGAGCCAUUCGCUGACCGGCGCGCGCGAGAAGAGGAAGAACUUCGUGAAGCCAAACGCAUUGACGACAUUGAUAUCGAGGCAAUUGUUCACCCUUUGUGUCGACUAUGUUGGCGUUGCGAUGGUUUUCAACCGUCUCCACUGCGUUUGUGGAUGUGUCGUAAUUGUGCACAUGAACGUCAACUCCACGGCGGGAGAAAGCUUGGAGUUCGUAUGGGAGAAUACGAAGCUGUACGCAAGCUUCAGUGUCUCUUUCGUGCGCGACGAGCUCGACGUGUACUGCAACGUGCUCGUGAACAGAGAUACCAGAGAAUCUUCAGUAUACCACACAACGAGUUCUUCUAUUACAACCUAUGGCAAGGCAAGAAGUCAUGGACUCGACCAACUGAAAUCAGUGAAGAGUUUGAAGUUCCUAUCCGUGAUCCGGAUGCUUCACCGCGGAUACCACCUCCACUUACACCUCUCGAGGCAGCUAUUAAGUUACAAGCUGCUUGGCGAGGUCUUCAAGCUCGUCGUUUGACCUUGAACUUGCUGCGGGAUCGAUACGAGAAGCACUUCGAUUUGGAGAAAGAACGUGUGUAUCAUGUGCGAAAACUGGUAAGCAAGAAGGAGCCUCUGUCCAAGUUGUGGGAUCCCCCGGCACUGCUCCGCAAACGCUACGAUCUGGGCGAUCCUAUAGAGAUCCAGCGGCUAGCCAGGUUCGCUAACAUGACUCGUGACGAAGCUGCGCGGAUCGUACAGCGUGCGUACCGAUGUCAUCGAGGUCGUGAGUUUAUGCGUCGUAUACUGCGCUCACGUAUCAAGAAACUCUGGGAUGCCACGACGGGGAGGUACUAUUACUACAACGCCGCCACCAAGGAAUCGUCGUGGGAGAAACCCCGACUUCUGCUUAAUGAUGCUGACGAUGAUCUUGGCCCAAAGGUUGGACGUCACCUAGAACCAACUCACGGACGACGACGAGUCGCAGUCGCGUUGAGACCGGAGAAAUUCCACAACGAGGAGGCUGCUGCACGCACGAUUCAAGCGCUGUAUCGACGAUUCGCAACGCGGAAGAAGCUACUCGAGAUAAUUACUCGUCGAUAUCGUAAAAUGCUGGAUCCGGUGUCGGGUCAACCAUACUACUACGACAGUGUAUCCGGCACAGCAACCUGGUUCAAACCUGCAGUGUUUGGCGACUAUGAUCUCGAUCUCUUCAAUGACUCGACUGUAUCUCCCUCUGGAAGAAGAGAAAGCACGCUUGUGGCUCCUCAAUCGUCAACCUUGUACGCUGUCAGCAAGUUGCCACGCAUCAGUGAGCGAGCUCGUCUCAAGCGACAUAAGCGAAGACUACAGCGCUUACGGCAAAUGUCACGCGACGAAGCUGCUUCACGUUUGCAACGAGUGUGGAGAACCCGUCGCGCCAAAGACGAGCUGCGUGAAUUGCUGUUCGACGCGUACGAGAAGAUUUACGACCCCACCACUGAGCAUUUCUACUACUACAACCGCAAGACUGGUAUCGCAAAGUGGGAAAAGCCCGCUCUCCUCGUAGGCGACGGUCGUGACAUCAAAGAAACUAAAAUCAUCAGAAGGCGACGCUCACAUACAGUCACAGCGCCUCAUGAAGCCAAACAGGUCCUGUUCACGUUCUUGCGCUGUGCCGUCGCACGUCUUGAGCUUCAUCGUCUUCUACAAGACCGCAUCCAGAAAGUUUUUGACCCCAACUCACAACAGUACUAUUAUUUUGAUAAACUUACCGGCCAGUCCUCGUGGAAAAAGCCUGUGACGCUCAAAGGAUACGAUCUGUCUCCAGUGUAA